AGAAAGAUUUUUUGUUUGGCAACCAACAGUAAAGAGGAAUGUGUGUCAUGCCUUGAAUGAAAUAUCUGCUUUGAAUAUAUCGCAAUCUCAAAACUCAACUAGUUAUACUUGGUGUUUAGUGAAACAUCAUUUUAAUUGUUUUAUGAAUCUGUAGUAUUUUUAGUUUUUUUUAUGUUCAAAUAACAUGUCUGAUAAUAAUAAACCUCCCGAGGGUUAUGGAAGAGGUGGUCGUGGUGCCAUCCUUUUGGCAGCUCUAAAAAAUCAGCCUCGUCGUCCUGGGCAACCACCUUCAAGUGAACCUCAAGCUUCUUCAGCAAGUGAAACAACACCAGAGCAACCUCAGUUACCUACUCCUCCUAUGGGAAGGGGUGCAUUUCUUCAAUCUCUUCUGGCACAAGGAAGGGGCCGUGCUGUAGUUUCUGUCCCAACUCCAGCUGUUCCUCAAGCUACGGCGCAAAUUGAACCAACUUCUGUGAUCGAUCCCGUACGACCUAUUGGAAGAGGACGGGGUCUACUUUUAAGUAGCAUUUUAUCUGAAAGUAGUUCCAAACAAUCAUCUCCAUCCCCAUCAGAAGCAAGUUAUGCAGUUUCUCCUGUAAGUUCUGUACCUGAAAAAGUGUCUCCUGUUAGUCCUAUACCUAGAAAAGUCUCUCCAGUUGACACUGGAAAAGUAUCUCCUCCAACUUCAGAAUUAGAAGAACUAACGAUCGGCCAAUACAAAGGUACUUCUGGAACCCCAUUGCGUAUGGAAGUAAACUAUGUGCGCUUGAAAGCUCUUCCUGGUAAAGGCAUCUAUGAGUACCAUGUGAGUUUCGAACCUACCGUUGAUAGCAAAAAUAUGAAAUUUAAGUUGAUGAAAGAUCCUAAAGUUGUGGAAAUUAUCGGUCCUACAAAGACUUUUGAUGGCAGUAAACUGUACUUGCCGUUAAGAUUAGACAUGUCUCCUAUGGUAGUAGAUGUAAACAUGCCAACAGAUAAUUCUUUAGUCAACGUAUCAAUAAAGCUGAUCAAAAAGAGCUCAUUUUGUGAUUGUUUGCAUUUGUAUAACUUGAUUUUUAAACAAGUGAUGAGGAUACUGAAAAUGACUCAGGUGGGACGAAACUAUUUUAAUCCCAAAGGAGGUAUUCCCAUUCCUCAGCAUCGACUUGAAAUUUGGCCUGGUUAUGUAACUGCCGUACAAGAAUAUGAAGGUGGUGUAAUGUUAAAUUGUGACUGUUCUUUUAAAGUUUUGAGAACGGUUACUGCCCGUGACGUUAUGAAUGAUGCAGCCAAACAGAGAAGGGGGGAUGUAAAGGAGGAGAUUGUUAAGGCAUUAGUGGAUUGCGUUGUACUUACCCGAUACAACAACAAGACAUAUCGAAUUGAUGAUGUUUCUUGGGAUAUGAACCCAUUGUCAACAUUUGUCUCUCACAAUGGUGCUGAAAUAUCAUUUAUGGAUUACUACAAGAGAUCUUAUGAUAUUGAUAUAGAAGAUUCAAAGCAACCUCUUUUAAUAAGUAAAGCUAAAAAGCGGGAAAUGAAAGAAGGGGAAGAGCCAAGGCUGAUAUGCCUCAUUCCUGAACUAUGUUUUAUGACUGGGCUCACUGAUGAAAUGAGAAAUGAUUUUAAAGUAAUGAGAGAUGUUGCAAGUUAUACUCGCGUGACACCAGAGAAUCGACAAUUGGCUCUUAUGAAAUUCAUCAACGAUGUAGCUACAACACCUGAGGCCAGGCAAUGUUUUGAAAGGUGGAACUUAGAAUUAGUAUCUACACCAGAAACACUUGAUGGACGACUUUUGAAGUCUGAAACAUUGACAUUUGGUAGAGGAUUCCAAUGCCAAGCUGGUCCAGAGGCAGACUGGGGACGACAAGCAACUUCCAGCAGUGUUCUUGUUGCUGUUAACUUUGAAAAAUGGGUUUGUGUUUUUCCUAAACGUGAUGCAGGGAAGAUACGAGAAUUCCUCACUAUGAUGCAAAACGUCUGUCCAAAAAUGGGAAUUAAUGUGAAGCCGCCACAUUUGGUUGAAAUCAUGAACGAUCGCACCGAAACAUAUUGCCAAGCCUUGAAAGAUAUGAUCAAUCCUAAUGUUCAAAUGAUGGUAAUAAUUUUCCCUACAAAAAGAGAUGAUCGUUACAGUGCUGUGAAGAAACUUUGCUGCAUUGAAGCACCUGUGCCAUCCCAAGUGAUUAACUUAAAGACCAUUAGUGACGCUAGGAAGUUAAGAAGUGUGUCUCAAAAAAUUGCCCUUCAGAUGAAUUGUAAGUUAGGUGGAGAAUUGUGGAGCGUGGCCAUUCCCUUAAACGAUCUCAUGGUUUGUGGCCUGGAUACUUAUCACGAUAAUUCCAAAGGGAGACGCUCUGUCUUGGCUUUUGUUAGUACUAUUAAUCAAAACCGUACUAGAUGGUUCAGUAUGACAACAAUGCAAAAACAAGGUCAAGAAGUUGGAGACAACUUAAAAAUCAUGUUCAUUAAUGCUCUCAAGAAGUACUAUGAAGUAAAUCAUCACUUGCCUGAGAAGAUUAUACUGUACCGAGACGGAGUGGGUGAUGGACAGAUGGAUUUUAUUUCCAAGUACGAGGUUGAACAGCUCACCUCUUGUUACAAAAAUUUCAAUUUGGACUAUAAUCCAGACUUGGUUGUUGUGGUCGUCCAAAAGCGUAUCAAUACCCGCAUGUAUGCAGUAGAAGGCUAUAGAGGACAGAAGACUCUGAAGAACCCCCCUCCUGGCUCCAUUCUUGAUCAUUCAGUCACACGCAAAAAGUGGUAUGACUUUUUCCUUGUGUCACAGCAUGUAAGGCAAGGCACUGUCACUCCUACACAUUAUGUCGUUAUACAUGACACUAGUUCACUCAAGCCUGAGUAUGUGCAAAGAAUUACUUACAAAAUGACCCAUUUGUAUUAUAAUUGGCCUGGAACAGUCAGAGUUCCCGCUCCCUGUCAAUAUGCGCAUAAAUUAGCCUAUUUAGUGGGUCAGAGCUUGCAUAAAGAAACGCAUUCAGAUUUGUCUGAUAGAUUGUUUUAUCUAUAAACCUUGUAUUCUGUACAAUUCGUUCUGCACGAAAUUGAGAACUCAUCGAUGCGUUCAUUUUUAUCAAAUGUCUUUUUAUUAUAUUCAUUUCUGUUUCUUUGUAUGUGUUCAUCACUUUUUCAAUAAGUCUUUCCAGUUAAUUUGAAAACAUUUAAGUGCUCUUAGGAAUCAGUAGAUUUCAUAUUUUGUUUUUCCCAAAUAUUAAAUUUUUGAAGAUGUACAAGUCAAGUGACCUGUUGCUGUAAAUAUUUGUAUAUAAAUGGUAUAAGUACUUUUAAAUACAAAUAAGUUAAAGUGUAAUAUACACAUUCUAAUAUUUUUUCCUUUAAAGUUCUGUAAAAUAACUCGAUUCAAGUAUAAAGCUAUGAUAGUUUUAUGCCAUUGAGUUUAUUAAUUUCUUUACUGAAGUUGUUUUGUUGCAAUUCUCUGUUGUGUUUUAUUAUUUAUUUUUGUUUAUCAUACACCAAUGUAACUUCCAUUUUAGAUUGCUUUGUGGUAAAGUAAAGUUCAAAAGUAAAAAAGCUUAAUAGUAAUACAUUCUAAACCAAUAAUUGAUUUUUGCAAAAAAAAUUUAUUUUUCUUUUGCAUCUAAAACUUUAUGUUCAAUGAAUAUGCUUAGUAAUAUAGACCUAAUACCUUUUUUAACCUCAAUAAUCUUCAUAGCUCUGAACAUUCCUUUUUUACAAUGCCUGAUUAUGAAUAAUUAGACUUGUAUGAUUGUUUGAAUUAUUUUAAUAACGGUUAAAAACAGUUUAAGGUUUGUUUUUGAUGUAAGUAAUUGUAGAGUUUGUAUAUAAUGAGUCAAAGUGUUGCAAAAUGGUUUUAAUCUUUAUUUUUGUUACGAUCGGUUUCUUGUAUACCCGUAUAAAGGUUUUAACAUGGUAAGUACUGUACCCAAGAGGGUGAAACUCCAAAUUUUUAGCAGAGUUAGGUUAACAGGUUUUGACAGAACUUUAGAGUUUAAGCUGUCAUGUUAAAUAUUUCUGUUAAAAUCAUUGUUUUACAUCUUUAGUGAUACAGUUAAAAUUAUUGGCAUGUUAUAAUUGGCAAUUCUAUGGUGCAUAUUAGGUUGUUUAAAAUAAUUUUAAUUCUAGUAUAAUCAUUUAUUUUUUAUGAUGCU